CUUGCUAUUGAAACGAGUUAUAACACAUACUGGCAUUGCUAUGCUUGAGCUCCGCAAGGCGAAGUAAGUUGCCUCCUCUAUUUAUAUGUAGCCUAGCUUCAUUCUCGACCUCAGAGCAAACGCCACGAUUCCUGGAAGGUUCUGUAUUUCUAAGACUGUUGCAUCACUGAGUUUUGAGGAUACGGCUGCAGAAGAUGACCCAACUACUGCAGAAGGAAAGGAAGCUUUACAGUGAAAUUUUCCUAGACUCAGACAAAAAUGGCGAUGGUUAUCUAAAUAUGGAAGAGCUUCGCGCACUGUGUAAGACACUUGGGUUUAAUUUGGACAAAGACAGAAUUUAUCGUCUGUUCAAUGACCUUGAUAAGGAUGCUAACAAGCGAGUGACGUUGGACGAGUUUCUGGCAGCUAUGCCGGCCAUUGAACCACGUAAAAGACUAAGCGCACGCAUGCGUCGCCUGUUCCAGUCUUUGGACAAAAAUGAGGACAAGAAGAUCUCACCUGAAGAACUGUCUGGGGUACUGCAAUCAGAUGGUGUUCCGCUGUCAACCACCGAGAUCAAUGAUCUCAUUUCAGAGGUUGACCGGAACGGAGAUGGAAAACUAGAUUAUGAAGAGUUUUUAGAGUUACUGAACAAAAAACAGUAACCCGCUACAAUAAUAUGUCAGGGGACCCCGUUUAUUCUACAUUGUGCAGUUCAGACGUGAAGAACUUUUAAUAUAAGAUAGGAAUAACUUUUUGAGUGUUCACCCGAUAACGGAGCUUAUGGAAGGCCGAAAACUUGGAUUUUAAGUAUGCGUAGUCCGUGAUGCGAAAAGAAUAUUUUUCAAUUGAUUUUAAAGAAAUAUUUCCAUGUGCCCGUAGUGCGUGAUCCGAGCGCUCUGAUUGGUAAAUAUCCUCAUGCGCGUUUGUUAUGGUUGGAACGCGGACCAAUCACAGCACUCGACGCCAUUGUGCGCGGAGAUUUGUUGUUUACUUCCGUGACCCACAGCCGCGACUGAGCCAAUAUUUCGAUAAAAUCACCCGAUAUUGGUAAUAAAUUGAAAAAAAAUGAAGGUUUGUGGCAUGCAGGUCGUAUGUGGAGGGAGGUGGGCCGGUAUUGUGAACAUGAUAUGCAUACAUUUCCAUUUUCAAUAUACAGCCGAUUUCAACUUCGGCCAAGAUGGCAAGUGACGUACCUUGUCUAUUUAUAUAGAUAGGUCCAGUGUUUCAGUUAUACAACCUGCUUCAGGGGCCUGUGCCUUGUGUGUACAUAACAGGCUUCUCCACUCCAGUAUAACGACAUCUGAUAUCUACUCUACUGUAUAAACAUUGCCUCCUACCUGUAUAGGGGCGGUCGGGUA